ACAUUGAUUCCCUUUUAUUUAUUGUUAAAGAUAAAAAUGUACUAAAAAUUUUAGUUUCAUUGUUAGACGGAAUCCCAGUGAGUUUGGCGUCCGACAGAACAACAACACCGCUUCUGUUCUGUUUUGGUUCGCCGCACGAAAUUUGAAAGGAAUUUCCUUUGACUUCGAAGCUCCAACGUCAGAGCAAUUAUUACCAGAGUUCAUAUUUAAUGGUUGUUUGGUAAUUCUACCAAAAAUGGGUCAAGAAGUUUUAUCCAUAUUUCAUCUAGAAAGAAAGAGAUUAUUAUCCCUUAUUGGCAUUACCUUUGCAGUUAUUUUAGCAUUUCAAUAUUUUGAGCUUCCUUAUAGUAACAUUCUAGUACCUUCUCUAUUCUCUACUAAAAAAAUACCAAAUACAAAUAGUACUAGUAUAAUUCAAGCUACAGAUUCACUAUCUUCUCCUCAAAUAUAUAACAAUAUCACCAUUUUGAAUAAUACAAAUUCAGAAUACUACCUUAAUGAAAAUGAUACUAUUUCAAGUUCUGGUUUCAUCUCAAAACCAGCUAGGGUAUUAAACAACUCUUUAGGGUCUCACAAAUCCGAUCAACCGAGAAGUUCUGAUAAUAGUGCUAUAGGGAUGAAUUUGACAAGAGAAGUCAACACUAGACUUAUUGAUUCCCUUUCCCAUGCAAUUGCACCUACAAGUCCUUCAACAAAACUGUUAUCAAAUGAUUUGGAAAAUACCGAUUCCAUGAACGACGAGAGGUUCAAGCCAUUACAAGAUGAUGUCAAUGUAAUGGACAAGCAAUCUUCUACCACAAGUGUGCUUAAGAAGACUAAUGAUUCUCUUAUAACAGUUCCACAGACAACAACAAUAUCAGAAAUGGAGAAGUUGUUGCUUCAAUACCAUGCGUCAUAUCGAUCUAUGAGGCCAAGGUGGUCUUCAGCUGUUGAUCAAGAACUACUUCAAGCAAGAUCAGAAAUUGAAAAUGCACCAGUUGUAAAUGAGGUUGAAAACCUUCAUGCUCCUCUUUUUCGCAAUGUUUCCAAGUUUAAGAGGAGCUAUGAAUUGAUGGAAAAGACUCUAAAAGUGUAUGUAUACAGAGAAGGGACUAAGCCUAUAAUGCAUUCACCUUAUCUUUUGGGAAUUUAUGCUUCUGAGGGAUGGUUCAUGAAACUGAUGGAAGCUAAUAAAGCCUUUGUUACUAAAGAUCCAAAGAAGGCACACCUAUUUUACUUACCUUUCAGUUCUCGAAGGCUAGAGGAAACUUUGUAUGAUCGGAAUUCGCAUAGUCAUAAGAACCUAAUCUGGCAUCUGAAUAACUAUGUUGACAUGAUUUCCACAAAACAUAAUUUCUGGAACAGAACAGGAGGUGCUGAUCAUUUUCUUGUUGCUUGUCAUGAUUGGGCACCUUCAGAAACAAAGCAACGGAUGGCAAAGUGCUUAAGAUCCCUAUGCAAUGCUGAUGUCAAAGAAGGUUUUGUGUUAGGGAAGGACGUGUCUCUUCCUGAAACUUACGUCCGUAACGCUAAGAAUCCCACGAGAGACCUCGGUGGUAACCAAGUUUCAAAAAGGGAAACUCUCGCUUUCUAUGCUGGAGGCAUGCACGGUUAUGUUCGUCCAAUUCUCUUGCAGCACUGGGAAAACAAAGAUCCUGACAUGAAAAUCUUCGGGAUGAUGCCAAAGUCUAAGGGAAAUAGGAACUACAUUCAAUACAUGAAGAGAAGCAAGUACUGUGUUUGUCCAAAGGGAUAUGAAGUUAAUAGUCCAAGAGUUGUGGAAGCUAUUGUAUAUGAAUGUGUUCCUGUUAUUAUAUCUGAUGAUUUUGUGCCUCCUUUUUUUGAGGUUUUGAAUUGGGAAUCAUUUGCUGUUUUUGUUUUGGAGAAGGAUAUUCCAAAUUUGAAGAGUAUACUUGUUUCCAUUCCUGAAAAGAGGUACCUUCAAAUGCAAAUGAGGGUGAAAAAAGUGCAGCAGCAUUUUCUUUGGCAUAGGAGUCCUGUUAAAUAUGAUAUAUUUCACAUGAUACUUCAUUCUAUUUGGUACAAUAGAGUCUUCACUGCAAGAACUAGAUAAAACACAUUUCAGCUACACUAAACAGGAUUUUCUUUUUCUUCCCUCUUGUAACAAUAAAAUAAAAAAGGAUUUUGUUUUUAUUUUUGUGUAAAAAAUAUGUAAUUUUGUCUUGAAAAUGUUAGCAAAUUUUAGUGCCUAGAUAUUGAUUUGUAAUGUCAAUUUAUCGUUUAUGUGUACAUUCUGAAUUUUUGGUGUAAAUAAAUUUAUGAAUGUUAUUA